GACCAUAGGGGGUAACAGUCGAUGGUUCGACUACAGUAUGACUGUGUGAUGUGGCCCUUGCCACCGUAUUGGAAAAGUAUGUGCAUGGUACAGUGUGGUGGUUGUAUCAUGUGCUUUCAUCAUAUUAAAUGAUGACAGUACGACGAGAGCUUGCUCUUCCUGAAAGAAUACACCUAAAUUUCCUGAACUUGAACUGUUGAAAAAACCUGUGGUUUUUAUUUUUCAUCAACGAUUCAACAACUAGCCGGAUUGUACCAUGGAGCACUUGCGAGUAAAUUCUACCCUCAAACCUUUCGAACCAGCUUUUAUGUUCGAGUUUGAGAGACAAUUCCAACCUGGACCCAACCUGAUAUGGUUUUACAACAACUGGCAACUGUCUAUUGUAUUCAGCGUGUUGUAUGUUGUUCUAGUCUUCGGCGGCAGGCGUUUGAUGCAGUCUAGACAGCCGUUUGAUCUGCGUCUACCCCUUGCUGUAUGGUCUGCUGCACUCGCUGCGUUUAGCUGGAUGGGUAUGAUUCGAUUCGCUACCGGUACCUUUAGUAUACUCCGGACCCACGGCUUGGAUGCAACUAUCUGCAACCCAGUCCUCUUCAAGGGUAUGGCUGGGUUCUGGCUAUGGAUCUUCACUCUCAGCAAACUCCCUGAGCUCAUCGAUACGGCAUUCAUCGUGCUACGUAAGCAGAAUCUCAUCUUCCUUCACUGGUACCACCACAUCACUGUGCUCAUGUACUCAUGGUACUCCUAUCCUCAGACUGUCGCUCUAGCUGGCUCGUUCUGCCUCAUGAACUUCACUGUUCAUUCCCUCAUGUACUCCUACUAUGCUAUCAAGGCCUCUCGUCUACUACGCAUCCCUAACUGGGUUGGCUUAGUGAUAACCACGUUACAGAUCACACAGAUGCUGGUGGGAUGCGUUGUCAACGGUUACGCGUACUGGAAAAUUCGAAAUGGCGGCUACUGUUCAACCAACGAACAGAACAUGACAGUAUCUUCAGUGAUGUACUUCAGCUACUUGGUGCUCUUUCUCAAUUUCUUCAUUGGUAGAUACCUCUCCAAGCCGGGCAGUGAUGGGAAGAGAAAAGAUCUCAAUAAAAACGGGAGCAGUUUGCAAGAAAAGAAAGGACUGUAGAAAUAUACGACGAAGGAACUUCCAUAUUUAAAUUAAAAUAUUCCAGUUAACUAGUAUAAGCCAAAUGCUUUCAUCCAGCCGAGGUUGAGGGAAAUUAUAAUGCAAAGUAACUAUUGCUAUGUAAACUGAUUUGGGUUACAAUUGUACAUUUCUCUUUUGUAAAAGGCUCUUAAAGCACACGUUGCAUUGGAUCGGACGAAUUGGUCUAUAAAAAGCGUUCAAAAUUGUUUGUUAUGAAAUGCAUAUGGUU